GCUAUGCUGAGCUUAGCUGAAGCACCAGUAGGCAGUAGACUAGAGAUAAUAUAAGAUAUCGACGAUUGUACUACCGAUUCUUGCGCAAGUACAGGAACUUGUAUUGAUGGAGUGAACACCUUUAGUGCGAGCGAAUGUGAUGUUGGCUACGAAGGGACUACCUGUGAAACAAGGAGAGCUAGAAGAUUGUAAGACAACCAUCAUGGCCAGUAGCUAUUUGACCUUGCGUGUCCUUUCAAGACAGAUGCCUUUCUUUGGGAAGCUGCAGAGAUGUGUCCUCUCUUCUUGGUCAUCAAAUUACCGCACAGCUGUUUCUGCAAGUCACUUUCAUCAUUCUACAAAGGGAAAACUACACACUGCUGAUAAUAUUUUAGAGAUCACAUGCGUGUUAAGAAAAAGUAGGAUGUUUGCCACAUGUAGUACAAGUUAUCCACUUUUUAUGGACAGAAGAAUUUUAUCCAUGUUCCACAAAGUUGGGAAACUAAAAUGUGGACGGGCUAUUGCACAACCAGCACCUUUUGCCUCACAUUUCAGUAGCACCAGUGCAAGCUACAGUGACACUGAACCUGCAGUUAUUACUUUGAUAGAAACUGAAGAUGACUUGGAAACAUUUCUCAGCCAAGUUAGGUCUGUACUGAACUUAGCAGAACCUUCAAAAACAUAUGUAUUGUCCGUGCAGAAUCUCAGACCCCUUGUUCAAAAGCUGGUCCAUCUGGAUUGUGAUUGUAGAAGCAUUCUUGCAAUGCUAGUAGCUAAUCCUGGUAUCCUGUCUGUGAAGAUGGACAAACUACUUAGUAACAUCGACCACCUUCACUUGUUGGGAUUGAACUGGAGACGGUUGAUGAAGGCCCUUGAUGGAAAUGCAUCUCUGUGGAAGGCAUCACUUCAGCAGCUACAGAGCAGGGUCAAGCAGCUGAGGAAGCUAGGCUUUGUGGAAGGACAACUGCAGAAGUUGAUUGCAGAUUGGCCACAGAUACUGACUAUAUGUAGUGCUCAGUUGAAUGCAGUUGUUAAGUUGCUGAUGGAGAAGUGCAGAUUCCCCAGAGCAGAAGUCUUGACCAUAUUAUCUGACAGUCCAGCAAUCCUGAAAGAAGACCUGGAGAGUAUCGAGCUUCGUUUCCAGUAUAGCUACUUCAGGAUGGGUAUCCAGAACAACUCGGACAUGACUCAAGCCAAGAUCUUCAAAUACUCCCUUGAUCACCUACGAUGCAGGCAUCUUAUCCUGGAGAGGCUUGGUCUGUAUGCUGCACCCAACAACAGAGGGCACUUUGCCAUGAAGAAUCCUAGUUUGUCAAGGCUCAUUGAUAGCUCCGAAAGAAGGUUCACAGAGAAGGUGGCUAAGAUCAGCAUGGAAGAGUAUGUAACUUUUACCAAGAUGCUCCUAGAGGAGAUUGAGGUUGAAAAGACCAACAAAGAUCAACAUUCAUGUAGAGCAAUUCUUGAUGAAUUCACUGAUGAAGACAGUCAUUAUGAUGAAGAUACUGAUGACGAUAUUGACUCUGACAGUGAUUUUGAGCUUUCACAGGAUGGUGUCACCGAGACAGAACCAUUUAACUUUGACAAAGUCGAUUACAGAACGAAAAGGUGAUAUUAUACUGUACUACUAACAUUUACAUUCUUUUCUGUUUAUGUUUGAAAAUGCAAAAAUAUGAUAAUUUUACUCUCAUCGUUUGGUGUUCUGCAUUACAGUUUACGAUUUUCUAAAUAUGAUUUGGUAUUGUAAAAUUAGAGAAAUGUGAAGAGCAGGAAUGUACCUAAAUUCAAGAAUUCUUCUUAAGAAGAAUGAAAUCACAGCAUAUAGAUCACUGGAGCAAGAUUCACAUGAUACUACCUACUACAUUGGUGUAUGUCAGUAUGUCAGUAGUAUUUCUAAAUUACAACCCAAGCACUCGUCAUUUUUUCAUAUUAUCUGAUAUCAGAAUGAUUAAAUCCUCUAGUAAUUUAUAGCUGUUGGGUGGCUUGUCUCACCCCGUGUCCACACACAACAAAUUCAUUGUAUAACUAUCGCGAUAUGAUGUAGUUGUGUGUGUGUGUGUACGCUUACUAACGAAAUGUUGUAUAACGAAACGCCAGUCUGGGCAUCGUUUCGAACUGGAACUCGAUUAAGAAUCACGGCAUGUGCUAUGUGUGGACGUAACUAGUAUAACUGGUCGAACUAGAACGUGACCUGACCUCUCAGUUCCGCUUCCAUCUCAUGACCGCAGUAGUAAAACCUAUACAACGUUUUUUUAAUAGAGUUUUGGGAUAAACAAUUUUGUGUGUGGACAUGCUGUAUAAUGUGGUUAAAUUAUAGACAUAGAGCCUCAAUAACUUUUAAAGGGAAAUAAUCCAGCCCUCUGAAGGGAAGCAGAAAUGUUGCAGAAACAGACUGGACAAAAGGUUUAAACAAUUGUUGAAUAAUUAAAAAUCUUUAACAAUUUGUGAAUUAAUUAAUUUUGCAAACUGUCCACAUGGGAAGUUGAGUACCUAUGACAAAUGAGUUAUUUCUCUUAGCUGUAGUGUCAGACAAUGCACCCUAUUUUUUCAGGAUAUAACGUGACUACAGUAUAAUUGAUUUCAACAUUCAUGUAUAGGUAAUAAUAAUAUUGGAUUCUUAUAUAGCGCACGUAUCGACCUUGCAAGGUCCUCAAGGCGCCCCAACAUUUUAAGGAAUUCCUUCGUACCGGUACCUAUUUAACACCUGGGUGCCGCUGCGGGACUGAAAGGUAUCACCUUUUGAAUAAAGAACCUACAUGUAUAGCAGCAGUACUAAUGUCCUUUGGCAAAACCUUAAUCUACAUUUGCCACACUCCACCAACUUUAGGUAGGUUUGGUUUAAAAAUCUCGAGGGGGGGGGGGGGCGUGGGGCAGCACCCCCCCCCCCCAAAGUUCCUUAGUGGUAGUUAUUGCACAUUUUCUUCUUCUUUAAACCCAUGGCUGGAUUCUAUCCUAAAUUUGUAAGAAUCACCUGCAGGAAAGGUUGUUCACUUUGAAUCAAGGAUAAAUAUCUCUUCGAAAUGCCUAGUUACUCUCAUUUUUUAAAUGUCUUAUUCUGAUAGAUAUGAAGUGUAGAUAUGAUUUCAGACCAAAAUGUUGGUAGGGAUUAUGGCUAUACAUUGUAGGAAAUUAUUUUAAUUUUAAUUUUUAUAUCGUAUGUUCCUGGUGCAAAGGGGAUGGGAGCUAUCCAAACUAGGCCCCUAAUUGCGAGGCCCCUACUUUUAUCAGCUCAGUAUUUAUAGAAUACUGUUAUAAAAUGUCACUCAUUAAUUUGCUGCUCUCACUUUUUUGUAUUACACUACAAGAUUCGAAGGUAAUUCUUUGGUCCCAAGGGGUUUGGUUUACAUAUCAUUUUUUUUGUUAAGGUUCUUGUGAUAUUUUAGAUAUUGGAUUAAAAAAAAAAAAAAGUAUUAUUUGACAAAUUGAAGUUUUGGAAUGUUGUAUUUUAAUUACUUUAGUUGUUGUUCAUUUGAGACAAAUUCAAUAUGCAAUAUUGUUGUAUUUAGUGAUACCAUACAUCGAUGUUAUGAUCAUCAAAUCUCACCAAUCCUGUUGCUCUGCUUUAAUCCAGAACAACAACAGGCUACAGUUGGGAAAAAAGGCGGCCUCAACCCUCGAGACGGAUCACAAUGACGUCACAAUGCGGGGAAUUUGACCUACAACAGCUGGGGGUCCAGUAUAACAUACGCGCGGCCUAUUUAUACUUUAAGGUUGCGCUUAAAGGAAAGCUAUGCGCGCAUAAAGUGAUCUUCAGUGAUCUUCAGCUUGCUCUUGAUGCAGUAUCUGAUUACUGUAAAAAAUCGUUUCUUCAAGUUACCACAGCUAAAACCAAAGUUGUAUUCUCUCGUGGUAAAGUUUGAAAAAUUCCUAUAUUCUUGGAACUACUUUUAACUACAACAACAAAUUUCGUAAAGCACAAAUUAUGCAACUUAAUCAAGCUAGACGAGCAAUGUAUAGUCUAUUAUCUAAAACUUAUCAACUGCACUUACCUAUUGAUAUCCUCUUGGAAUUAUUUAAUCAACUUGUGUUGCCUAUUCUGCUCUAUGGAAGUGAGAUAUGGGGAUUUGAAGUGCUACAUGAUCUUGAAAUUUUCCACAUGAAAUUUUGUAAGCAAGCCCUUUCUGUCAACAAAACAACUGCAAAUUGUAUGGUACUUGGUGAAUUGGGGGAGGCUUAAACUUGAGAAAUAUAUCGAAAGCAGAAUGAUAAACUUCUGGUGUAGGAUUGUACAUAGUGGACAGGAUAAAUUUUCUGGUAAGGUGUAUAUUAUCUUAAAAUUACUCUUUGAGAAGAAUAUAUAUCAGGCACCUUAAAAAAAUCAAGCUGACUGGACAAUAUGAGGAUGUCUAAUUUAUGGGAAAUAUGUGAAAAUACUAGCUAUGAGUGGGUCAAACAAACUGUGGAACGUCGAUUGAGAGAUUCUCAUGCUCAGUAUUGGUCUACUUGGAUAAUUCGCAUUGUGUUAACUAUCGAAUCUUCAAACAUUCUUUAUGUUUAGAAAGAUACUUAAUCGAUCACAUUAAAAGAGAUCGGACAAUAUUAAGUCUUUUUCGCUCAGGCAAUCAUUACCUGCCGAUUAUAGCUGGUAAAUAUUCAAAUACUCCAAGGGAAAUAAGGCUAUGUACGCUGUGCAAUUUGCAAUCGCUUGGGGAUGAGUUUCAUUAUUUGUUUGUAUGCCCUACCUUUCGUUCAGACAGAAAAUUGUUCAUUGAUAAAUAUUUCAUUGAAAGACCGAAUACACUGAAAAUGGGUCAGCUUUUUUUAAACUCAAUAAUGUACAAACGUUUAAACUUAGUAAAAUUCUGUCGAAAAAUAAUGCUUCGUUUUCAUUAAUUUAAGUAUGUGCAAAAACAUGUUAUGAGUUCAAUAUUAA